UCAAAACUCAAAACUAUUUUUCUAGCGGCCAAAGGAGAAUGACAGUAGAAAGACAGUACUGAAGUAGACUGUGUCUUCCUUGGAUUGUGCCUCUCGGGAGUACGUUAGUUGCUACUUGUUGUCUGGACUGUAGCUCUCUGUGACUUGAGAACAUGGCCGGGUACGUAGCUAAAGCGGUGUUGUCCAACAAAACCAGCUCCAUGAAGGAGAGCCUUGGAAUGUCUGAGAAAAAGAAAGGGCCAUUCAACUUUGGCGAUGAGGAUUCAGAUGAGGAGAAAAAGAAGCGCAAUAAGAAGAAAGCUGAUGCUGAGCGAUUGAAGGAAGAACAGGCCGAGGCGGAGAAGCGGCGGAAACGAGAUGAAGAUCGAGCCACGAAGCACGCUGAUCGUGCCAAACAGAGGAAUGACAUACGAGCAAAAUACGGUCUGAAACCAGAAGCCGGUGCUGCUCGCAGCUCAUCUCCUCCCGCCAAGGAGAGCGAUUCAGCUGCGCCCAGGAGAGGCAGUCAGUCAGGCGCUGCUAGUGGUGACAGCGAUGAUAAAUGCUCCAUCAUGUAACCAGCUCAUACCGAGGUUGGUUGCGUAUCGCUCUGCGUACUGCUCUCACUGCGUGGCGCAUUGUACAGAUUAUCGGAAAUAAUAUAAUUCAGUCUUGGUAGGUGGCCACGUUUCAAUCGUUGAUUACAAAGUUUUGGUGCUAUCUCAAUUGUGCUUGUCAAUUUGCCGCAUGCGCUCUUCACCAGUGCAGCGCUGCACUAGUCAACCUAUCCCUUGCUAAUGAUUAUGUCCAGGUACACCAUUGGCAUCUCUUAUAAAUAAUUACCGGGUAUUACGAUUUCUCAUCUUUGCUUCAUGAAAUUAACAAUAUUAUUGCCUUGACAAGGAAGCAUUGUUUUACGUGUAUUAUAAAAUUGCUACUUGAGUUGGGUACAGUUUUCGAAUAUACUUCGAAGUAUUAUAAUUAUUGUUUCGUUGGUAGUGCCGUGUUUAGCAAGUGGGUUUAUACAGUCGUCCCUCUCUAAUCCGGCACUUUAUAAUCCAGCACCCUCGAUAAACCAGCACAAUUUUCAGUAGCCAAAAUGUCCUCUUCAUGCACAUUGCAGCAGUAAAUCAGAUUUGUUAAUCCAGCAUCCUCCCUAAUCCAGCAGAUUUUCGUGGCACAAAUGGUGCCGGAUUAUAGAGGGACCACUGUAUUGUGGUUCAGAAGGACAUGGCUGUCCUGUAGUACAUGUAUAUUAUUGCCAUUGGUUCUCGUCUGGCACAGUUUCCGUACGCAACUCGUCUACAGCUGACCUCUUACUUUUUGCUCCUGUGGCUCCAUUGCGUAGAAACUUUAUCUGCGAAUAACCUAUGCCAAUGCGGAACUUGAGAUUUUCAAUGUCUUUAAAUUGGAGUCUGUAUGUCUUGCACAUAAUACGUAAGAACUGAAUGAAAUGCAGAAUUUUUCAGUGCUCAUGCUCCGUCGUUUUGGG